AUGUACCUCCGGCCGCCUGGGGACCAAGACGAAGUUCUGGCCAGGCUUCGUGGCCCGCUGGCCGCUGACGACCCUCGAGUCCUGGACAUAUUAGGUCGCCAUUACCUGACUCCGCCAUCCACCAGGCCCUACAACCUGUCCACCGAUCCCCUCUACAAGAAAGUGCUCUUAAGUGAAUACCCCAAGUUUCUUUUAACCAAUAUAGAGAAACUAUUUGGCGACCAACAUGGCGGGUUCUUUGUAGAAGCUGGAGCCUAUGAUGGUGAAAGGGCUUCAAACACCCUCCGCCUUGAAAAGGAGUUGGGUUGGGCAGGUCUGCUGAUCGAGCCCAACCAUGAGAGCUACAGUAAGCUGACGACGAAGCAUCGCAAGGCGUGGACCUCCAACACCUGCUUGUCGACGGAGAACUACCCGAAGGAGCAGGUGUUGGUCUCCCUCGUCAAAAGACUAAAGAGUGUAAUGUCAAUACAGGAAAAGAUGCUCGCUAACCGUCAUAGUGCUUCCUAUCUCCUCGGCGUCAAACUCAACAACACCAUCUACGACAGUUUUAUUGACACAUCAGACAAGUCUUAUUCUGUGGUGCAGUGCUUCCCUCUGGCGUCCUACCUGUUGGCCCUCAAGGUGUCCACAGUGGACUUUCUCUCCCUGGACAUCCAAGGGGCGGAGAAAAGUGUCCUCAAGAAUUUUCCCUGGGACAGAAUCACAAUCCGCGCCAUGGUGGUCGAGGAAGUCCACUUCAAGGAUUUCAACCACCAGUUUGUCGACGACAUGAAGAACAGAGGGUUCGUGUUGGUCGCCAAGGAAGGCAUUGACUAUAUAUUUGUGAAGGAAAAUGACCCACUCAUUAAGAAAUUCAACUCGGCACCAAUUACCCACUAAAA